UAUAAAAGCCAGUCCAACAGCAGGCUUCCUCAUCCACUUCUCUUGCCUUCCGCUCCUUGGUCCGCAGCCAUGUCCUGCUACGAUCUGUGCCGUCCCUGUGGCCCAACCCCGCUUGCCAACAGCUGCAACGAGCCCUGUGUCAGGCAGUGCCAGGACUCCCGGGUGGUGAUCCAGCCCUCUCCCGUGGUGGUGACCCUGCCCGGACCCAUCCUCAGCUCCUUCCCCCAGAACACCGCUGUGGGAUCCACCACCUCUGCUGCUGUUGGCAGCAUCCUGAGUGAGGAGGGAGUGCCCAUCAACUCCGGGGGCUUUAACCUCUCCGGCCUUGGUGGCCGCUACUGUGGCAGAAGGUGCCUGCCCUGCUAA